UAAGUGUUUUGGUUUGACAAAAUACAAAAUUGUAAACAAAUUGCUUUCUAUGAAAAACGGCAUACAUAAGUUUUUUAUUUGGGUGGCAUCUCCGGUCUUUGAUGUACUGAUUAGAAAACGUCAGUGAUAAAUACAACAGUUUUGGGCUAAAAAGUCUGCAUAUUGUGGAACAACGAAAUAUAAACCUGCUAGAAUAAAACUGUGUUUUAAUUGAAAAUGCCUUUAAAACUUGAUAUCAAGCGUCGAAUUACAUCACGUUCCGACAGAGUCAAAUGUGUUGAUCUGCAUCCAUCAGAACCGUGGAUGUUAUGUGCUCUAUAUAAUGGCCACGUACACAUUAUGAACUAUGACAACCAACAACUAGUCAAGGAUUUUGAAGUAUGUGAUGUGCCGGUGCGAUCAGGACGUUUUGUGGGCAGAAAGAAUUGGGUAAUCACUGGUUCCGAUGAUAUGCAAAUAAGGAUAUUUAAUUAUAAUACAUUAGAAAAAGUGUAUUCUUUUGAAGCACAUUCUGAUUAUAUUCGGUGUAUUGCUGUUCAUCCGACACAGCCCUUUGUUUUGACUAGCAGUGACGAUAUGCUGAUAAAAUUGUGGAACUGGGAGAAGAUGUGGGCAUGUCAGCGUGUUUUUGAAGGGCAUACGCAUUAUGUUAUGCAAAUUGUUGUUAAUCCCAAAGACAAUAAUACUUUCGCUUCUGCGUCAUUGGAUCGCACUGUAAAAGUUUGGCAACUUGGUUCAAAUUUUGCAAACUUUACAUUAGAAGGACAUGAAAAAGGUGUCAACUGUGUAGAUUAUUAUCACGGCGGUGACAAACCAUAUUUGAUAUCUGGUGCAGAUGAUCGAAUGGUUAAAAUAUGGGAUUAUCAGAACAAAACGUGUGUACAAACAUUGGAAGGACAUGCUCAGAAUAUUUCUGCUGUAUGUUUUCAUCCUGAAUUACCUAUUGUAUUAACUGGUUCUGAAGAUGGUACAGUGCGCAUUUGGCAUUCCGGAACAUAUCGUUUGGAAACAUGUCUUAAUUAUGGCUUUGAACGUGUUUGGACCAUUGCCUGCAUGCGUGGAACUAAUAAUGUUGCGUUGGGUUAUGAUGAAGGUUCUAUUAUUAUCAAAGUUGGACGUGAAGAACCAGCUAUGUCAAUGGAUGUUAUUGGAAGCAAAAUAAUAUGGGCAAAACAUUCUGAAAUGCAACAAGUAAACUUAAAAACAUUGGCAGAGGGUACUGAUAUCAAAGAUGGAGAACGUUUACCGGUAGCUGUUAAGGAUAUGGGAGCAUGUGAAAUUUAUCCACAAACGAUUGCACAUAAUCCUAAUGGUCGCUUUGUGGUCGUUUGUGGUGAUGGAGAGUAUAUAAUAUAUACUUCUAUGGCUCUUCGCAAUAAAGCAUUUGGUUCAGCACAAGAAUUUGUUUGGGCAUUAGAAAGUAAUGAGUAUGCAAUUAGAGAAAACAAUGGAACUGUGCGUUUAUUCCGUAACUUCAAGGAAAGGAAAAGUUUUACUCCAGAAUAUGGAGCUGAAAAUAUAUAUGGUGGACAUUUGUUUGGAGUCAAAACGUCAUCUGGUCUUGUUUUUUAUGAUUGGGAGUCAUUACAAUUAGUUCGUCGAAUUGAAGUACAACCUCGUCAUGUAUUUUGGAACGAAUCUGGAACAUUGGUGUGCUUAGCAACUGAUGAAUCGUACUUUAUUUUAUCAGUUGAUACAGAUGCAAUUGCUAAUGCCUUAGAAUCUAAAUCUUUGGAAGAAGACGGAAUAGAAAGUGCAUUUAAUGUUUUAGGAGAAGUAAAUGAAUCUGUCAAAACUGGCCUUUGGGUUGGUGAUUGCUUUAUUUAUACAAAUUCCGUUAAUCGAAUUAAUUAUUAUGUUGGUGGCGAAAUUGUUACAAUAUCACAUUUGGAUCGAACAAUGUAUUUGCUCGGUUAUGUACCUAAGGAUAAUCGUUUGUAUCUGGGUGACAAAGAGCUUAAUGUUAUUUCAUUUUCAUUACAACUGUCAGUGUUAGAAUAUCAAACUGCAGUGAUGCGUCGUGAUUUUGAUCGCGCUGAUAAUGUGCUUCCAACAAUUCCCAAAGAGCAUCGUACACGGGUUGCACAUUUCCUUGAAAAGCAGGGCUUUAAAGUUCAAGCUCUUCAAGUGUCAACAGAUCCUGAUCAUAAAUUUGAUUUAGCUUUACAGACGGGAGAUUUAGGUAUUGCAGUUAAACUUGCCCGCGAAUCAGAAAAUCCACAAAAAUGGACACAACUAGCUGAUGCUGCUUCACGCAGGAAUAAUAUGGAAUUAGUUAAAGAAUGUAUGCAAAAAGCAAAUGAUUUCAGUGGUUUAUUAUUACUUGCUACAGCAUCAGGUGAUAAAGUAAUGCUGGAUGAUUUGGGUCAAAAUGCUUUAAAUCAUGGGCGUCACAAUAUUGCAUUCUUAUCAUCAUUUUUAAGUGCGGAUUUAGAAAAUUGCAUCGAAAUUUUGAUAAAUACAAAUCGUUUACCAGAAGCAGCUAUUUUCGCACGAACUUACAUCCCAAGUCAAAUAUCUCGAGUAGUUUCUCUUUGGCGAGAUGAACUAAGCAAAACCAAUGAAAAAGCUGGACAAUCUUUAGCUGAUCCAGAUAAGUUCGAAAACCUAUUUCCCGGUAUUUCGAACGCCAAGCAAGUUGAAGAAUUUUUAUGUCAAAAGCAAAAAAUAAAAAUUCCUGCACAAAACGCUUUUAAAUUCCCUCUUAAUAUUCAGCGCAAUCCUUUAGAAGAAUUUUUGGCUGAAAGUGAAGAAGGUUUGGUGAAUUCCAAUGUAGCUGUUUCACAGGAUCAUAAAAAGAACGAUGAUUUAUUAUCUAACAAUCACAGCAUUUUAACUUCGAAUGUUCUUACCACAACGGGAACAUUAGGUGAUGAUGGCGAUGACGAUUUGGAUCUUGAAUUGGAAGGUGUUACUCUAGACGACAAUAUAGAUAUAAAUGAUGUAAGCUUAGAUGAAGACUUCUUAAGCGACGAUUAAAUUAUAUAUCAGUAUAAAAAGAAAAUGUUUGUCAUAAUUUUAUUAUCUCUGUUACUCGUCUUAAAGACCAUUACAUCGGAUUUUUAAAUCGGUUCGAUAUAUGCCAACAUAUUGCGCUAAAAAUUUAAAAGUUUGUAUCUAAAUAGUAAUAUUC